AUGUCAAUUAAUUUUCUAAGCAUCCCCUACCAGUCCACCUCUGAAUCAUUUAUGGUCUGGUCCCCCGCUCCUACUGAUAGAGACAAAACUACCCUUGACACUAUGAGCCAAAGCAGAGAUCUCAUGGAAACCAUAUACUCCAACCUCCUCACAGGUCAUCGGGUCUAUGUAGAACUGUCAGAGAGGCGUUCGGAGAUUGAUGAUCAUAUAAGAUCCGAGGAGAGUAGAGGUGAAGAUAUGAUUUAUCCUUUUGGUAGGACAGACGGUCCCACAACAUACAUAAGGUUCAGAUAUGUGGUACCUACUUUGUAUAACAGGAUCAGUAGUGUUUUCCGCAGAUCAGGAGGGGUAGGAAUAGUGAGGAGAUAUAGGUUGACAGGUUUUGAAGAUAUACGAACAAUGACUAUAAAUUACUUGGAUGCGGAAAUAGUCACUAUUGAGAGCAGGGAGGAGACAUUUGUAUGA